AUAGCAAAUAGAUCAAGGCAGAGAGAGAAAGCACUAGUAGCCAGAAAGCUCCAUGAAGAAGGCUUUUUUGAGACUGGAUAUUGAGCUGGAUAGUGAAGAAAGAAGAUUUGAUCAAGGAAAGUUGAAGUAUUUUCCAGGAAAAGAAGAUGGCUAGUAUGAAGACAGAAAAUAAGGAAUAGUGAGAACUUUGUAAAUGUAGACUUAGGAAGUGUGAAUUUUAAAACUAUUCCACCCUAAUUGUCACGGGCAAAGUCCACUCUUGCCGGAGACUCCAGGGGAUCCUGACUGGUGGCGAACGAUCAGUCAACAAAAAUAACAAAGGGAAGACCGCUUAAUCGUAACAGCCAUGGGAUUGCUUUGCAUCUGACAGCUACUCCACUUUCCCGAUGUCUGAUCUUUAUUUUUAUACCCAUUCUCUUGGCACGCAGAUACACAAAAUUGACGGGCACAUUAGCCAAUUUUUUAAAGGCAUAAAUGACUGCAAGAAUUUCUGUACGCUGUGCGGAACAUUCUCAAGUUUCUUGUAUAAAUGGCUCAUUAUUGAUCACUGUCCCUUCUUUCCUAUUGGAUGACCCAUCUGUAAAAACCAUGGCGGCGGGCAGGGGGAGAGGGUCCGGGGAAAACCGGGAGGGAAAAAUGCCUGCCUGUGUCUUUAAGAACUGCAGCAAAGGACUCUGAGGAAGGCGGUAGAGGAUUUCUCCAGAGUAAUUCGCCAAAGCGAUUUUCCAAUCGGUGGAAUGACAAUACUGAUGGUCAACUCGCAUUGCAUUUAGAGGGGUGAUAAAGAAAGGGGGGUCCUCGCCAAAGAGUUCCCGGCUUCUCCUAUGACCUUUGACGAUCAAUUCGGUGAUUACCAUGACAUAGGAGGAGAUGGCCUUCCGUGUAGAGUUGGGCAGGAGAGGCAAAUCUUGCCACUGGCACCCGGUUGGAUUGUACUCAGUGGGGAGUAUUAUAAGAGACCGAGGCUGACUAGAGUCUAAGCGGACCACUUCUGAUUGUUAAUGGCUCCAUUGACUAGAGAGUGCGGGGUGAGGCGGGGGAGGGUCUCCUCUCAGGAUCUCAAAUAGAGGCUUGAGCUCUGCAGUGGUGAUUCUUAAGAAUGGCCGGAUCCAAUGGAUGCCCCCUAACAGUGUUUGAAAGUCAUUUAGUGUACUGAGAUGAUCCACUCUCACUUGUAAGUUCUGAUGGGAGAUCCGAUUCUCAGUCCCAAUGGUGCGUCCUAAGUACCGGAUGGGGAGUUCAGUCUGGAUUUUAUCGGGUGCCAUUUUUAACCCGUUUUCUGCCAGAGCCUGAACAGUGCUGAACAUAAUCUCGUGCAAUUUGGCACGAUCAGGGUGGGCCAGCAGGAUAUCAUCCACAUAGUGUAUUACCUAGGCAUCUGGGAAUUGUAUUCUUAUAGGAUUUAGGGCAAGAUCCACACAUUUCUGCCAGAGGGUGGAGCUGGUCUUGCUGCCCUGGGGCAGACUUUUCCAGUGGAAGCCUUGAUAGGGUCUUUACUGAGGGCAGCUAAAGGCGAACCUGCUCUAUCUUGGGGGGAUAAAGGGAUGGUAAAGAAACAAUCCUGUAGAUCCAUUGCCAUGAUCUCAUACCCCUUGGGAAUGGCUACUGGGGAGGGAAGCCCUGGUUGGAGGCUCCCCAUCGCUUCCAUGAUAUUAUUUAUUGCUCUUAAAUCUUGUAAGAGCCUCCACUUGCCUGAUCUUUUCUUAAUGACAAAUACAGGCAUGUUCCAUGGGCUGUCACUUGGCUCUAUGUGUCCCAAACAUAAUUGCUCCUGUACUAGUUCUUGUAAAGCCUGUAAUUUCUCAUCUGUUAGAGGCCAUUGCUCAAUCCAGAUUGGUUUAUUGACUUCCACGUUAUUGGAUCAGCUGUUAUCUUGGCAAUGGCCCCUCCGGAAAAUCCGGAGGUUCAUCAUGGGGGGGGGGGAAUUUGGGCAUCUUCCUCUGGUGUAACUAAGGAGACCUUCAUUUGUGAUAGUAGAUCUCGUCCCCAUAUAGUGACAGGGAGAGAAGGGACCAUGUGUGGACAGAACUGUCCUGACAGGUUCCCGUCUGACCAAGUUAAUAUCUGAGAACUGGGCUGCAUUAGUGACCUUUCCAAUACCUAUGAGGUCAGAGGGGCUGAUUUUGGUGGGCCACGUCGGUGGCCAGUGUUUUCCUGCUAUACAACUAGUGUCUGCACUCGUAUCCAGGAAUCCUUCUAUAUUCUUUCCACUUUCCACGAAUUUUCAUGGGUCUUGAAUUUUUUAUUUCUUAGACCCAGAAUGCCCAAUUCGAGGACCCAAAUCCUCCCUGACCUCUAAAUGUUUUAAGGAUUGGAUUAUCUGUUUGUACAUAAGGGAGAAUGAGCAGUCAGGCAAUUCUCUGUCCCUUCAUUAUUGUCACAGUUUUAGAUGGAGGUUGUACUAUUAUUUGUAAUUCCCCUGUGAAAUCUGAGUCUAUUACUCCUGGGGUUACAACUAUUCCCCUGAGGGAGACAGAGCUCCUUCCUAUAAUGAGGCCAAUUGUCCCCUUGGGCAGGGGAUCCUUCACCCCUGUAGGGAUGAGUGCAGGGGGAGAAUCAGGGGUCAAUAUGAGACCAGAGGCUGCACAGAGUUCCAAUCCUAUGCUGCCUGGGGUUGUUUGAUGCAAGGAGCGGAUUGUUGCGGAAGGAAUGGGUUUUUCUGACUGAGCCCUACAGUUGUUGCCCCAUUGUUUUGAGGGGCCCCAGGGCUGGGCCCCGUUUGAAGUUUCUCUGCUGCAUGUUUUGAGGAGGCCUAGCAGGUAAUAAGUGCCCAUUAUGGUGGUACCUUGAUUGACAGUAUUUGGGCAAAUGGUAACCUUUUCCACAUCUGUUGCAGGGACCUGGUCCAUAGUUGAAUGUGGGUGGUGGGGUUCUGGUGGGUCUGAUGUCACCCUGUGGGCAUUCUCUUCCAUAGUGUCCUAUUCCCCCACACUUGAAACAUUCUUUUCUUGCUCUUGUAUUUUUAAUCAUCUCUCGAUAUGCCUUUCCCUGGAGGGCUGCUGCUAUGGCCACUCCUUGGACAAAGGAGGGAGUGAAAUCCUCACAAGUCUUUACAAAGUCACUGAUGUUCCUUGUUCUUUUUACAUUUUGGAGCAUCCCCUGGCAGGUCUUAUUGGCAUUUUAGUGUGCAAGCUGAUGGAUUACAAUGUCAGCCGCAUCCUCGUGGGGGAUAGUUCUCUUGACUUGUUGAAUCAAUCUAUCCAAAAAGUCUGCAUACUUUUCCUCUGAGCCUUGUUUGAUAUCAGCCAGCCCUGAAGUUAGCCCUUCUGAUACUGGGAUUUUUUUGCCAGGCUUCUAAAGCACAGGUGGUACAUUGGUACAGAGCUUUCUUGGGCAGUUUGAUUUGCUCUGCACAGUUUGUCCAAUCAUCCAUACCCAGCAACAUGUCUUUAGUGAUCCUAUUUCCCUUUCUUUUGUUGUUAGCUGCUUCUCUCUUAGGGGCUUCUCUCUUAGUGGCUUCUUUGUAUUCUGCUUUCCAAAGGAGGAAAUCUCCCCAUUAGACAUGCUUUAGCAGUCUGAUGCCACUCAUAAGGGGUCAUCUAGUUCCCUUCGAGGGUCUCUACUAAGGUUAAAGUGAACAGGGAAGUGGGGCCAUAUGAGGCACAUGCUGCUUUGAUUUCUUUAAUCAUUUUGUAGGGGAGAGACUCCCACUUGGGCUCCUCUUCAUCAUCUGAGCCUCCUCCCCCCAGGUAAAGGACAGGGAAGAGAGAGAAAUCUCCAUCACUUUGUGCAUUUUGUAUUGCCCCCCUGAAAGCCUUGGGUGGGGGUGGAGGUCCACUUUGUUCUCCUUUUCCCUUCCUUUUCCCCUUUUGUAUUGAGGUAUGUAUAGGGGGUGGGGAUGACUUGAGCCUAACCAGAAAGUCCAGAUCAGUGUUAUAUUUUGCUGUCUCUCUGGAGGGGAGUUUCUCGACAUUGUCCUCCUCCUCUUCAGACUCCUGAGACCCUGAAGAUUUCAGCCCUGGAAUUUUGCUGAGAUAAUAAGGGUGUUUUUUCAGUUGCAGACAAGUUUGAGAAAGUCUGCGCAAGGCGAGUGGCCUCCUGAGUGGGAUCUAGUGCAUCCCUAAAGAGGGACCAGAAUGAGAAUGCUUCUGUGGGGACAUGCUCUGGGCCAUGUUCGGUAUAAGAGUGAGUGACGCAUUUUAAGGAAAAUUGAGAAUAAACCCCAAACUCCCAAAGUCAUAAAUUUGUCUAGUCUUGGAAGCACAGAACCAUUCAAUCUUUCACUCUCCUUCACAGAUAACUGGUUUCCUUGGUUCAGCUUGAAUGGCAAGGGGCCAGGAUAGUGAGGAGCAAAGGGAUUUGCAGAUAAACUGUUCAGCUCUGAUUUGGACUUUAACCUGUCCCAUAGUCACUCAGAGUAGGCCCAAUAGAAAUGAUUAUUUCCUUCUGGCUCUGAGUCUGAGGCCAUGUACGAUGAUUUCACCAGUAUCGUGUUCUUUCUUUGUGACCUCCUCAAUGUUUGGUGCCAACAGCUUUGAAACGAAGCCCAGCUCAAGUGGAAAUUGGGCUGGAUUUGGGCUUGGAGGGGCCAGGCCUAACUCUGCCACUCUUUCAGAAGUGGGCAAGAGACGGAGUCCCUCCUGGCCUCAGAGUCCGCUUUUGUCACAUGAGAAGUUGGAAUAAACUUCUGUCCCUUCCAACUCUGCCUAUGAUCCUUCCAUGUACGGUAAGCUCCUUGAGGACAGGAAGUCCUCGGCUCUUCUGUAUGCCCAGCGCCGCCUUGGAAGCACAAGGCCUGGCAAAGAAUGAGAACUUUCUGUGUAUGAUCUCAUUGGAUGCUCACGACAACCCUAGGAGGUAAGGACUGUACUAGGGCAAGGCCCAGUGACGGGUCCAGGGUUACCUAACUAGUGUGAAUUUUGCUCUAGAAAGAUCAGCCCCUGGGAUCGUGAAAAAUAUUCAUUCCGGAUGCUGCUCAGCUGGUUCCCGCCAUUAUCUGCCCUGCGUGAGCCGGUUCCUGACACUUAAAUCCAACCCACCGGGUGCUUCGGACCUAGCUAGGCUCCCUACUGGGCAAGCGAACUAUUCGCCAGCGCUCUCCGUACUACGUUUCCCAGACUUCUUUGCUGGUUUGGCCCGCGGCCUUCCGGGUGGUUGCCAUGGACACUCUGACGCUCAGGAACCCAAAGUGGUUAGAGCCAGAAGAGGUAUUCUCUUUCCGCUUCCCGCCGACGUCAUUUCCGGUCCCUUUCCAUUCUUCUCGGCACUGUUUUCGGCCUAGUCAGGAUCCCUUGAUCCCUUCAGGCCGUCCUCAGCCUCCGCCAACGUAGGGGCCCGAGUCCUGUGUCUGUCCCCGGCCACGGCCAAUGGGCCCGCUAGGGCGCUGCCCUCCGCCUGAUUCCACCUUCUCCACCCCUGUGGACAGCCUCCUGCGGACGUUGGCCCCAGCCCGGAGGAGGGAGCCUCCAUGAAGAGAGAAUGUCCCCCAUGCGCUCGGCAGCCCUCGGCCCGCAGGGGUUGGUGACAUUCCAGGAUGUGGCCGUGAUCUUCUCCCUGGAUGAGUGGGGGCAUCUGGACCCAGCCCAGAGGGAGCUGUACCGGGAGGUGAUGCUCGAGAACUACCAGACCCUGGCGUGCCUGGGGCUGGCGGUUUCCAAACCAGAUGUGAUCGCCCAGCUGGAGCAAGGGGGAGCACCCUGGAAGCUGGAGAAGGACAUCCCAGCCAGCCCCUGUCCAGAUUGGGAGCCUAGACUUGAAGCCAAAGAGUCAGCUCCAGAACUGGGCAUUCUUCUGGAAGAGUCAUUCCAAAAAAGGCUCACAAGGAAUGGCAUUUGGGUCACCAAGUUGAGAAACCAUGUUGCCACUUUGCAGGGGCAGAAGAUAGAUAAGGAGGAAUAUUCCAUGCAUUUACAGACUGUCAAAAGGAAAAUUUCCGAUAAAGAGAGAGGUCACGAGCAUCAGCAAUAUGUAAGAAUCUUUAAUUUAGGCCCAGUUCUUUUUCCACAACAGAGAAUAUUUAUAAGAAAGAGAUUUCAUCCAUGUGAGAUGCACAGGAAGAGUUUUAGUAUCUAUUCAUACUCAAGUAAAUGUAAUAGACUAUGCUCAGAGAAAAUGUUUUCUCAUUAUGAAUGUAGGAAGUCCUUCAGUCAUAAUUCAGAUACUGUUGAUUACUAUAGAAUGCAGUCUGGAGAGAAAACUAGUAAAUGCAAUGAAUAUUUGAAAACCUUUGACUGGAAAUCAUCUGUUACUUCCCUUCAGACAAUCCAUACUAUAGAGAAACCCCAGAAAUGUAACAAAAACAUGAGAAUUCAUACCAAGGAGAGGCCUUAUGAAUGUAACGAAUGUGGAAAAUCCUUCCGCUGGAGUUCAGGACUUGCUGAACAUCAGAGAAUUCAUAAAGGAGAAAAACCUUAUGAAUGUAAUGAAUGUGGGAAAGCUUUCAACCAUAGAUCAUCUCUUACUUCACAUUAUAAAAUUCAUAGUGGGGAAAAACCUUAUGAAUGUAAUAAAUGUGGCAAGGCCUUUUGCCGAAGUACACGACUUACUGAACACCAGAGAAUUCACACUGGAGAAAAACCUUAUGCAUGUAAUGAAUGUGGAAAAGCUUUCCGCUGGAGCACAGAACUUACUCAGCAUCAGAGAAUUCAUACAGGAGAGAAACCUUAUGAAUGUAAUGAAUGUGGGAAGACUUUUCGCCGAAGCACAGGGCUUACUCGGCAUCAGAGAAUUCAUACAGGAGAGAAACCUUUUGAAUGUACUGAAUGUGGGAAGGCCUUCAGUCGAAGCAUACGCCUUACUGAACAUCAAAGAAUUCAUACUGGAGAGAAGCCUUAUGAAUGCAAUGAAUGUGGGAAAGCUUUCCGCCAGAGUACAGAACUUACCAGGCAUCAGCGAAUUCAUACUGGAGAGAAACCAUAUGAAUGUAAUGAAUGUGGGAAGACUUUCACUCACAGGGCAUCUCUUACAUUCCAUUAUACAAUUCAUACUGGAGCAAAACCUUAUACAUGCAAUGACUGUGGGAAAACUUUCCGCCAGAGUAUACAACUUAUUGACCAUCAAAGAACCCACACUGGAGAGAAACCUUAUAAAUGUACUAAAUGUGGGAAGGCUUUUAGUCAUAGGGCAUCCCUUGCUUCUCAUCAUAGGAUUCAUACUGGAGAAAAGCCUUAUGAAUGCAAUGAAUGUGGAAAAGCAUUCUGUCGUAGUGCAGGACUUACUCAACACCAGAAAAUUCACACUAGGCAGAAGCAUAGGAACUUUGAGUCUUAAGAAUGUAAUAAAUGUUAGACAAAGACCAUAUGCUUUCAAAGAAAUUAGAGACUUCAAAUGUGAAUAGAAACAAUAAUUGUGAAAAGAAAUAUUUUUUUCUCCCAGUAGCUUUUCUGAAUGUUUUCUUCUCUCCUUAUUCCUUUAGUCACUUCUAUUUACAACAUAGAAUCUGAAUUGAGAAAAUUGAAAUUUUAUAAAUGUGUGAUGCCAGUAAUAAAAAAUUAUUAGAUUAAUAAUCUUCCCACUCAUCAUAAGAGGGGAGGUAUUCUUUCUUCUUACUAAAAAGUCUUAUUUUAAUUUAUAUUAUUCUUCUCUGGAUCUUAUCUCUUCUCAAAUAUUUCAGGUUCUCAAAUAUUUCAGGAUUUUAUACCAGCAAUGAUUAAUCCUAAUGCAUCUGUUAUUCAAUAGCUACUAAAAGAAGAAUGUUCAGAUCUUCCCCUUUCUUUAAAAAAAAAAAGAUAAUUUGGAUCCUUUAUCAUUUAGCUUUCUUCUCUCCGCUGACCUGGAAAAAGGUGUCUCCUGAAAUUCCUAUAGUUCCUCACCAACCAACUCAUUGUGUUAAAAUAUGGGUUCUGCCACAGUAAUUUCACUUUUCUUUUUAGUCAUAAAUGACUGUCACAUGGUAAAAUAUCUUUUUUCCCAGUUUUUUUCCUUUGUCAAAUGGAUUUGUGAUUUUAAUAAGGUGGGAAUUCCUUCCAGCAAUAGUUUGUAAUCCAUUCAUGCCUCCCCAUUUUGUGCAGUUUUCAUCCAUGUCCUUCCAAAAGUUUUAUCAUAUGGAGUCAAUCUAAUUUCAUCCAUUUCAAUUUUAUAUUUCAGCGAUACCAAUGGAGGAUUGGCCAGCCUCCUGUCAUUUUUUUUAUAACAUAAUUUAAUUAAAUCCUGUUCUUUUUAGUCUCUUGAUUAUGUUGCGGCCAGCUCAUACCAUCAGGAACCAUUUCAUUUCCUUAUUUGGGUGGCUCAUCUUUAUCUCUUUAGAGGCAUUUGUGGUCCAGAACUUGCUGCCAUAUUUUCCUAGUAAAAUGUUUUUAUUAAAAAGAUGGGCCUUUAGUGUUAGGGAACGCUUACAGUCAGUAAAAGUGCUUUGUAAUUUCUCCAUCCUUCACAUUUUUUUCAUUAGUUCCCUUGAAAUUCUUGACCCUUUGUUCUUCCAGAUGAAUUUUAUUAUUUUUCCUAGUUCUAUAAAAAAAAUUUUUGGUAGUUUGAUUGGAUGGCACUGAAUAAGUAAAUUAAGUUAGUAUUGUCAUUUUUAUUAUAUUAGCUUGACCUACCCAUGAGCAAUUAAUGUUUUUCCAGUUGUUUAGAUCUAAUUUUAUUUGUAUGAAAAGUUUUGUAAUUGUGUUCAUGUGAUUCCUAUGUUCAUCUUAACAUAAAUUUCCAAAUAUUUUAUAUUGUCUAGAGCCAUUAAGGCAAAACUUUUGGAGACCAAGUGCCCAAACUGUACCCUCAUGCCACAUGUGAGCUGCUCCCUUAUCUCAGACAGGGGAGGAAGUGCUCCCAUUGGGCUGCUGGGCCCAGAGGGUCAGGUGAUUUGAAAAAUGUCCUCAUGAGUGUUAGAGAGGGGAAAAAGAGCAGCCCCCUCCAGCAUACAUGCCAUAGGUUUACCAGCACAGGUCUAGAGUGAUUUUAAAUGGAAUUUCUCUUUCUAACUCGGUUCUGAGUUUUGUUGGAAAUAUAAAUGCUGAUGAUUUAUUUGGUAUUCUACAACUUAGUCAUUAUUUUGACUAGUUUUUUCCAUUGAUUUUAUAAAGUUCUCUAUAUCAUCAUAUUGUUCAUAAAGUGAUAGUUUACAUUCCUUAUUGCCUCCUUUAAUUCCUUCAAUUUCUUUUUCUUCUUUAAUUGCUAAAACUAGCAUUUCUAGUAUAAUAUUAAAUAAUAAUGGUGAUAAUGGGCAUCCUUGCUUCACUCCUGAUUUUAUUGUGAAGGCUUCUAAUUUAUCUCCGUUGUAGAUGAUACUUGCUGGUGGUUUUAAAUAUGCUCUUAAGUGUUUUCAAUAGGAAUGGGGGUUAUACUUUGUCAAAGGGUUUUCCUAUAUUUAUCAAGAUAAUCAUGUGAUUUGUUUGUUUGUUAUUGAUAUGGUUAAUUAUACAAUGGUUUUCUUAAUAUUAAACCAGCUUUGCAUUCUUUGUAUAAAUCCCACCUGGUCAUAGUGAAUACUCCUUGAUAUAUAUUACUAUAGUCUCUUUGCUAAUAUUUUUUUAAAGAAUUUUGCAUCGAUGUUCAUUAAAGAAUUUGGUCUGUAAUUUUCUUGUUCCGUUUUUGGUCUUCCUGGCUUAGGUAUCAGUAUAUUUGUGUAAUAAAAAGAAUUUGCUAGGACUCCCUUGCUUCUCUUGCCAAGUAAUUUGUAUAGUAUUGGAAUUAAUUGUUCUUUAAAUAUUUUAUAGAAAUCACUUGUAAAUCCAGUUGGCCCUGGAGAUUUUUUCCUUGGGGAAUUCACUGAUAGCUUGUUGAAUUUCUUUUUCUGAGAUGUGAUUAUUUAAGUAUUCCAUUUCCUCUUUUGUUAUUCUAGGCAAUUUAUAUUUUUGUAAAUAUUCAUCUAUAGUAUUAGAUUUAUUAUAUAAUUGUGUGGAAAAAGCUAAUAAUUGCUUUAAAUUUCUUUUCAUUAGAGGUGUUAUAACCCUUUUCAUUUUUUUGAUACUGGCAAUUUGAUUCUCUUCUUUUUUAAAUCAAAUUAACCAAUACUCUUAAUUGCGUUUUUCAUAGAGCCAGCUCUGAGUCUAAUUUCUUAGUCCAAUAGUUCUUUUACUUUGAGUUUUAUUAAUUUCUUCUUUGAUUUUUAAGAUUUCCUAUUUAAUCUUUAACUGGGGAUUUUUAAUUUGUUCUUUUUCUACUUUUUUUAGUUGCAUGCCCAAUUCAUUGAUCUGUUUUUUCUCUAUUUUACUGAUAUAAAAAAUUUAGGGAUACAAUUUCCCCCCAAGUACUGCUUUGCUGUAUCCUAUAAAUUUUAUUAUGUUGUCUCUUCAAUGAAAUCAGUGAUUGUUUCUAUGAUUUGUUCUUAGACCCACCAGUUUUGAAGAAUUAUUUAGUUUCAAAUUGAUUUUUAAUUUGCCUUUCCAUGAAUCUGUACUGACUAAUGUUACUGCAUUAUGAUCUGAAAAAAUUGCCUUUAUUAUUUCUGAUUUUCUGCAUUUGGUUGUGAAGUUUUUAUGCCCUAGUACACGGUGAAUUUUUGUGUAUGUGCCAUGUGCUGUAGAAAAGAAGAUAUAUUCAUUUUUAUUUGUAUUCAUUUUUCUCCAGAUAUGUAUUAAAUCUAACCUCUCUAAAAUUUUA